AUGUCCGGUAAUGUUUUCAUCAUGCCGAAUGGAUCUGUCAGCGGCAUGAUCCCAGGUCUAGACCUUCCCGGCGCUGCACACGGAGCACCAAAGGCGGCUGUGAUAGUGCCAGGACGGCAAUCUGGGAUGGAGGGGGACAGAGAUGGUAUUGGAGCAAAUACUGUCUCUCCUGGCCUCAUCCAGACUAAUGCGACCAGAGCCCUGAUAGAAGACCCCAAAUAG